CCUGGUAUUUUUCUCUUGCCUUUGUGUUUAUCAUUUUGACGGAUGUGAGCGUCUUUCAUUUUUAUUCCAUGAAAAGUUCCAGAUAUUUUCAGAAGUAUCUCCUUCUUAUAUGCAGGUCUCCUACCGCUCAGUCAGAUGUGCUCACCUGUGAAUCAGAACUAAGAGCCCUGGAUGGUGAACACAGAGGAGACUAUAGCCAAUGAACCAGGUAAGAGUAACAAGAAGAAUGAAUGCUGUCCUAAAUGCUCCUCAGGGUCAAUUAACAUUCAAGGAUGUGGCUGUGGACUUCUCAAAGGAGGAAUGGGAAUGUCUUGACUGUGCUCAGAGGGCAUUGUACAUGGAUGUGAUGUUGGAGAAUUACAACAAUCUAUUUUUUGUGGGUAAGAAUACACUUCUUGUAGAAUUCCUGACUCGAAACACUCUGACAUAUCUAAAGACUUCCAGAAUAAAGGAAGUCCUAGUUACUAACACAAUUCUUAUUUGUAUUUCCUUUACAUUUCUCUUCAUUCUUUGCAAGAGUAUCCAGUAUUAUAUUCUGUGUAAUCUCUCAAAACAUUGUAUCUACUUUUAAUCAAAAAUUCAAAAAUCAAAAACCACUGAAUAGUCAGAGCAAGAAAAUAUAUU